AUGGUGGUUGGGACUGGGAAAGCGAAGCUCCAAUGGGUAAUUCUGGCAUCGGUGGUACACCUUGUAAUGGUCGCCGGAGAAUACUUCAAGCCGUUCAAUGUGAGCUACGACCACAGAGCUUUGAUUGUCGACGGAAAGCGAAGAAUGCUCAUCUCCGCCGGAAUCCACUACCCUCGUGNAGCUCCAAUGGGUAAUUCUGGCAUCGGUGGUAAACCUUGUAAUGGUCGCCGGAGAAUAUUUCAAGCCGUUCAAUGUGAGCUACGACCACAGAGCUUUGAUUGUCGACGGAAAGCGAAGAAUGCUCAUCUCCGCCGGAAUCCACUACCCUCGUGCCACUCCCGAGUCCAACUGGAAGCCCCUAUUAAGUUGGAAUUACAUGCAUAG